AUGUUUUUAGGUUGUAUAACGGUAGAAAUAGGCUUAAAACAUCAAGCUGACACAUUUAGAAUUUUUACUAGUGACAGACGCGGGAUUCGGGAUCCCGUCCCGCAAUCCCGCACUUUUUUCGAUUUGCGUGAUUUUGCGGGAGUGCGGGAUUUAUCCUGCGGGAUCCCGCAAACACGACUUUGCCGGUCACUAAUUUUUACACUGUUUAUUUACCCCACCUUGAUAGCGCGAUAUUUUUUUAUUUUCGUUUAUAAUAAAUUUAUUUUUCUUUUAGAAUUUAUUUUUAUAAUGCUUAUACUUUUUGAAACGGCGGCGGGUUAUGCUCUUUUUAAGUUAACGGAUGAAGGAUUACUUAAAGAUGUUGACAAUAUUUGGAAUAAAAGUCAAGAAAGUCUUCAACUUGUUUCUUUUAAACGUUUUAAAUCUAUUGCUGAAGCUGUUACAAAUGCAACAAAUAUAUCUGAAGGAAAAUUAAGUAAAUCACUUAAACGAAUCCUCAAAAAAUCAGUGGAGGAGGAAGGUGAGAAGUUGGCCGUUGCUGAUACACAAUUGGGGACUUUGAUAAAGAACAGUCUAGAAAUUAAAUGUCUUCAUAACACAGCAAUUUCUGAAUUAAUGCGUUCAAUUCGAGCAAAUAUGGAUACUUUAGUUGAUGAUGAAGCUAUCACAAAGGAGAUUGCCACAAUGCGCUUGGGUGUUUCACAUGCAAUUGGCCGAUAUAAAGUUAAAUUUAAUCCGGAAAAGAUUGACACAAUGAUUGUUCAGGCGGUUUCCUUACUUGAUGACUUGGAUAAAGAAUUAAACAAUUACGUCAUGCGUUGUCGUGAAUGGUAUGGGUGGCACUUUCCUGAACUUGGAAAAUUACUUACUGAUGCUCAAGCUUAUGCUAAGUGUGUUAAAAUCAUUGGAAUGCGUCAAAAUGCCCAAACUGCAAAAUUGGAAACAGUUUUGCCAACUGAACUCGUUGACCAAGUUCGAUCUGAGGCUGAGAUUAGUAUGGGUACGGACAUCACUGAACUCGAUUUGGCAAAUAUUGGCGAGCUUUGUGAUCAAAUAAUUGAAUUGGGACAGUAUAGAGCACAAUUACACGAAUAUCUUAAAAAUCGAAUGAGCGCUUUGGCACCAAAUUUGACUGUUUUACUUGGUGAAUUGGUUGGGGCUAGACUUGUUUCUAAAGCUGGAUCUCUUAUGGCAUUAGCAAAAUGUCCUGCAUCUACUGUUCAAAUAUUGGGGGCUGAGAAAGCGUUGUUUAGAGCACUUAAAACAAAGAAAGAUACACCAAAAUAUGGAAUUAUUUAUCAUGCGCAAUUAAUCACACAAUCUGGACAGAAGGCAAAAGGAAAGAUUGCUCGUAAAUUGGCUGCCAAGGUUGCUUUGGCAACUCGAAUUGACGCUCUAUGCGAUGAAUCACUUGGAAGUCAACAAGGAAUUGAGGCCCGUGCUUAUCUCGAAUCAGUCAUUAAAACAGAAAAUUCUCGAAGUGGGGUGAAAAAACAACGUUAUUCGGGGGUACAACAUUCUUCAAAGGAGGCGUAUACAUUUAAAAAACAAGUCCAUCGUUAUGACCCAAAAGUUGACAUAUCAUUAAAAUCACAAAAAUCAAGCGGAGAAGAAACACCUGUAGAAAAGAAGAAAAAGAAAAAUUUUUCGGAAUCUUUUGAGGAAGGUGAAGGAAAGAAAGAAGUAAGAACUGAGGGAGAAGAGGGAAAGAAGGUUGAAAAGGAGGUUAAACAAGAAGCUGAGGAAGAAAAAGCUGAAGAAGCAACAACAACCAAAUCCAAAUCUCAGAAAAGGAAGGAAGCAAAAGCCUUAAAAAAGGCUGAGAAGGCGAAGAAAGCGAAGAUAGAACUGGCUGGGGAAGAAGAAGAGAGCGAUGACGAGGAAGAAUAA